AUGCCCUCAUUUUUCACCAGAAGCACGAUGCGGAUGCGACUGGUCGUCUCUUUUCUUACAAUAGUCUGGCUGGGACUUGCGACUCUCGCCUCAGCGUCUGCACGACUCGCAGACGUCCUGCAAAAUCGCGCAAAGUCUGACUUUGUCCACGCCGACAAUUUGAUGCUGGACAUCACAUUUCAGAAGCUCAUGAGCAAUAUUCUCGUUAGCAUGGUUAUCACAGCCCUCAUCUCAGCGGUGCUUUUUAUUUUCGGAAUACUUCUUUCGGUCCACUCAAGGUGGCUACAAGAAGAUUGCAAUGCUCGAAUCUACUAUGGCUGCUUGACUUUUCUCAUGAGCAUAUGUGUUAUCUCCAUAGGAGGUUAUGCCGCCGGCUGUAUUCAUGGGUUUCAAUCCUCAUUUGAGCUGUUUAGUGGAGAGAGUUCGUUUCCAUACUACGCCGUCAUAUACUAUGGCGCGGUUGGCCAGGCCACCUUUGCGUCUGCACUAUUCAUCUUGAUUUUGGUACAUGUUGUUGCAGCUGCAUAA